AUGGGACGUGAGGAGCAUGGAGGGACUUGGCACAUGGACGCAGCUCAACUGGAUACGCAAAGGAAGAAGGGAGAAGCCAUCUUGAAGACCAGCUCGACCGUCUACUCGACCAACCGGUCGAGUUCCUCAACUCGACCGGCCAAGCUUCAACUCGAUCGAGCUGAGAAGUCAAAGUCAAACCCGAAAAAUGUUGCUUCCCCCUUGACUUCCUUUGACCCUAAACCUAAUCCUCUUUGUAUUUAA